AUGCCUCGAGCUUCGAAGCCAAAAUCGCCUCGGCGGGGCAAUCGCAAGACUAUCCCGGACUUGCCAUGCCAGUUUCCUGGCUGCGGGCGGACAUUCAAGACUGCGUCAGGCCUCACUCGCCAUGUUCGGGCUUAUCACGAUAAUCCGACCGAAAUCGCGGGCCCUUCGACAAUGCCCUUCGACAACCCUUCCCCUAGCGAAGGAUCGAACUCCGAGUCAGGAGCAUCUCCCUUGCGCGACAGCCCAAUGCCCGCUUGGGAACCACGUUCUUCAACCCCACCUGCAAGCGCUAGCGCUGGAGAGGGCAAUGGGCCUGAGAACCACUGGCGGCGGAUCCAUCACCCAUUUCUUACUGGCCGUCCAUGCGAUGAGAAUGGUGCAUAUCUUCCCGCAGGGGAACCACCACAGCCGCGACACGAUCUCGCGCCGGACGAAUGGGACCCGUACGAAGACCUGGUCCAGUUCCGCCUUGCAGACUUCGCUUUCCGCAAGGCUCAGAUCUCCGGCUCCAACAUCGAUGAGCUGCUGGAGAUUUGGGCGUUGGAUAAGCUCAAGUCCGACGAACUUGCUCCAUUCGCAAAUGCCGACCAUCUCUAUGAAACCAUUGACGCAACAACGUUGGGCGACGCUCCUUGGAAGUGUCUCGUCACCGACCCUGUCUCCACUGCCGCCAAUGCUCCCGAGUGGGCCCGACGCUCUUAUGAGAUUUGGUACCGCGACCCCGAGGUCGUUGUCAAGAAUCUCCUCGAUAACCCGGACUUCGAUGGGCUCUUCGACUAUGCUCCCUACAUCGAGAUCAACCCAGAGAAUAAACGGCGCUGGUCAGAUUUCAUGUCUGCAAACUUCGCAUGGUCGCAUUCUGACGACAUUUACAAGGCGGAUAACUCUACCGCAGGAGCAAUGAUCUGCCCGCUGUUUUUUGGCGCAGACAAAACCACUGUCUCGGUCUCCACCGGCAAUAUCGAAUACCAUCCAGGGUAUAUGGCGCUUGGCAACGAGCAUAGUACUCUCCGUCGAGGGCAUCGAAAUGGUGUUGUCCCAUUCAUCUUUCUCGCAAUCCCCAAGAGCGAUCGAAAGUAUGACAACGAUCCUGCAUUUCGAACUUUCAAGCGCCAGCUAUACCAUGCAUCUUGGGCGGCCGUUCUCUCAUCGCUGAAGCCCGGAAUGACCCAGCCUGUUGUUCGCCGCUGCCCGGAUGGCCACUUCCGCCGGGUCAUUUAUGACUUCGGACCAUUCAUUGCUGACUACCCCGAGCAAGUUCUGCUUGCUGGUGUCGUUCAAGGGUGGUGUACAAAAUGUACUGCCCCUGCGCAUGAUCUUGAUGGGUCAAUAUCAACAGCGCGAACGUACGACAACACGGAGGAGCUCAUCGCGGCCUUUGACGGUGAUGUAAAGACACUUUGGGAAAACUAUGGUAUCAACGCCGACGUAAUUCCGUUUACGACUGAGUUUCCGCGAGCCGAUAUCCAUGAAAUGCUUUCGCCCGACCUUCUGCACCAAUUAAUCAAAGGCACAUUCAAGGACCAUCUGGUCGAGUGGGUGGGGGAGUACUUGUCGCUGAGUCACGAGAAGGCUGAAGCGGAGAAAAUACUUGAUGAAAUAGACCGAAGAAUUGCUGCUGUUCCGGCAUUUGGUGGCCUCCGACGCUUCAAGCAAGGUCGGCGAUUCAAGCAAUGGACGGGGGACGACUCAAAAGCACUAAUGAAGGUGUAUCUUCCCGCACUCAAGGGUCUGGUCCCACCUGAGAUCGUCCAGACACUGAGUAGUUUUCUGGAUUUCUGUUAUUUGGUCCGUCGACAAGACUUCGAUGAAGAUACGCUCGAUUCAAUCGAUGCUGCGGUUGCAACCUUCCACAAGCGUCGCGAGUUCUUUCGCACAGCAGGUGUUCGCCCUGAUGGAUUUUCAUUACCCCGUCAGCACUCUAUCCUGCACUACUGCUGGGAUAUCAAGCGAUUUGGUGCGCCGUAUGGCGUCUGUUCUUCCAUUACUGAAUCACGUCAUAUCACUGCUGUCAAAAAACCAUGGCGUCGCUCAAGUCGGUUUGAAGCCUUGGGGCAAAUGCUGCUCACGAACCAACGCCUUGACAAGUUAGCUGCAGCACGUGUCGACUUUGAAGAGCGUGGCAUGCUGCGUCCCCAAUUUCCUGCUCUCCCAGACAAGGUCAAUGCAGAGGACGAUGCAGAUGAAGAGGCGAUUGAUGGGCCACGGGUUGAGGGUACGGUCGUCCUUGCCCGUACACGAGAGCGUUCUUACCCCUCUGAUCCCGACGAUCUUGGUGUUCAUAUCAAUGUCCCGCAGCUUCCUGACCUUCUCCGCACAUACCUUGACAUCGAUGCCAACACCAGCCUUGAUGACAUUGAACACCUCUCUGUCUUCCAUUCCGCAAUCGCCAGUUUCUACUCCCCCAGUGAUCCUUCUGGUAUCCGUGGAAUGAAACGUGAGCGUAUACGCUGUACACCCUCAUGGCGAAAGCAUGGUCCACGUCGUGACUGUGCCUUCAUUGUGGAAGAUGACACUCCUGGCUUUUCUGGCAUGAGCAUUGUUCGUAUCCGACUGCUCUUCUCAUUCACCUACAAUGGUGUCUAUCAUCCUUGUGCAUUGGUGCGGUGGUUUAAAAAGGUGGGCACCCGUCCUGACCCAGAGACGGGAAUGUGGAUUGUUGAGCCAGACAUCCGGUACGGGUCUCACUUCAUUACGAUCGAGCACUUGGACACUAUUCUUCGCGCGGCCCAUCUUAUUCCUGUGUUUGGGGAACGUAAUAUUCCUCAUGACCUCCGUUAUACUCACUCUCUUGAUGCCUUUCUUUCAUUUCAUGCCGACCACUACAAGCUCAUCCGCCAAAUCGGCGCUGCGAGCACGGUCCUCCUGAAGAACACCAAGAACGCGCUGCCUCUUAGCGUGCGCAAGCUCAAGCGCGUUGGAAUCUUCGGCUCCGACGCCGCUCCUCACCCGGCGGGGCCGAAUGCUUGCAGCGACGGGCAGAACGACAAGGGCUGCAACGAAGGCACUCUGGCGAUGGGCUGGGGCUCCGGUACCGCCAAUUUCCCCUACCUCGUCGACCCCUUCGCCGCCAUUUCGGCGCACAUCCGCUCGAUCAACCCCACCGUCGUCGUCGAGGGCGUGCUGUCCGACUACGCCUACAAUGCGAUGGCCCCUGUUGCGCGCAACUCGGACGCGUGCCUUGUCUUUGUCAACGCGGACUCGGGCGAGGGCUACAUCAAUGUGGGCGGCAACCAAGGUGACCGGAACAACAUCACCCUCUGGCAUGGCGGGGAGGCACUUAUCGCCAAUGUCGCUGGCCAUGACAGCCCGCAGGCGACCAACCCGAGCGCCAAGCUUGUGUACACUAUUGCGAAGAAGCGGGAGGACUACGCUGCGGAGGUGUUGUACACCAACAAUGUCCCGAACAACGGCAACCCGCAGCUCACGUACGACGAGGGGGUCAACAUCGACUACCGCUGGUUCGACGUCAAGGGCAUCAAGCCGCGCUUCGAGUUUGGGUUCGGCCUGAGCUACACCACGUUUGGCUACAGCGGCCUGCGUGUUUCGGGCCAUAAGCGCCGCGCUGAGGCGGUUUCCCGUCCGUCGUCGUCUUCUGCCCCGGUUAUCUCGAGCAAGCCGUCUGCGUCAGCCAAUUCGACCCGCCCGGUGUCCUCCGCACCGGCCGUCUCUUCCCGCCCCGCCAACGCGUCCUCCAUCGCCGUUUCCGUCUCUGCCUCCGCCUCGGCGUCCUCCUCCGUCCGCCCCUCCUCAACCGCAUCCGCGCCCUCUGCCGGCUCGUCCCCCGUCGGCGAUAUCGGCGGCCCAGCCGCGCUCUAUGCGCCGUUUGGCUCGGUCUCCUUCACCCUCAAAAACACCGGCCGCGUCGCCGGCACCGAAGUCGCACAACUGUACCUCACAUUCCCCGCUGCCUACAACGAGCCGCCCAGACUGCUCCGCGGGUUUUCGCGGGUGUUCCUCGGUGCGGGCCAGAGCAAGGGCGUGAGCAUCCCGCUGCGGGUCAAGGACCUCAGCGUCUGGGACGUCGUCGCGCAGAAGUGGGUGCUCGUGAAGGGUGAGGUCGGCGUCGCGGUCGGCGCGAGCUCGCGGGAUAUCAGGCCAAGGGGGGUUCAAGUCUCGAAUCAUGGAUAUAGGGUCGGAAAGUUUUUUUCCGACCCCUGGGGGACCCCCCCCUCCCCCCCUCCUGCCAUAUCGGGUAAUAUGUUCCCACGAUUUGCAUCAUGUGACCACUGA